AUGCAGACUAACGAAACAAUUGAACAGACUUGCUGGUUCAUCGUACUGGAUCGCGCGUCCGUAGAACUAGCCUACACCAGCUAUGUCGUCAACAUUGUCCUCAACUGCCUUUUCUCCCCUCCUACGAUCCUCCUGAACAUUAUGGUCAUUCUUGCAAUAUACCAGACGCCACCUCUUCACUCUGCAUCAAACAUUCUUAUUUGCAGCCUGUCUUUCUCGGAUCUCCUCAUCGGUCUCGUGACGCAGCCUUUUUACGUGGCGUACAAAUUCUCAGAAAUCAGUGGCAAAUUCGAGGAAUUCUGCAACGCAGGGGUGCAAAUUGUUGCGCUUGUCUCGAGCUACUUCCUGGCCGGCACAUCGUUCUAUAGUCUUACAGUUAUGAGUCUUGACCGAUGCCUUGCGUUACACUUAGGACUGCGUUACCGUUUGAUUGUCACGCAAUGCCGCGUUGUCAGACUGGUGGUGAUCCUGUGGGUUUUCGCUGUGUUACCUGGGUUCCUACAGCUGUGGGUAGAAGCAAAGCUGUUUUUCGUGGUGAUUACUGCGCUUAUGUUGAUGUGCCUUGCGACUUUGAUCUUAGCUUAUUCCAAGGCUUACAUUGCACUGAGGACGCACUAUCGAAAAAUGACUACCCGACAAAAAGCUUGGAACUUACAUGAAAAUGUGAGCAACGUCUAUACUAGUGGGAUGUCUUUCGUUGAUGUCUCGAAUAAUGCACUGCCUAGAGAAGACCAGGGAGGAAACAACAAAAGGAUGACCAGGCGAGAUUUCAAGCGAGAAAAAAUAUAG